AUGAGGAGGGAGAACCAGAGCAACGUGUCUGAGUUCCUCCUCCUGGGGCUCCCCAUCCGCCCAGAGCAGCAGAGCAUGUUCUUUGCCCUCUUCAUUGGCAUGUACCUGACCACGGUGCUGGGGAACCUGCUCAUCAUCCUGCUCAUCAGGCUGGACCCUCGCCUCCACACCCCCAUGUACUUCUUCCUCAGCCACUUGGCCUUCACUGAUGUUUCCUUUUCAUCUGUCACUGUCCCAAAGAUGCUGAUGAACAUGCAUACUAAGUACAAAUCCAUCCCCUAUGCAGGGUGCAUUUCACAGACAUAUUUCUUCAUAUUCUGUGCAGAUUUAGACAGUUUCUUGAUCACUUCAAUGGCCUAUGACAGGUAUGUGGCCAUCUGUCACCCUCUGCAUUAUACCAUCAUCAUGAGUCAGAGCAUCUGUAUCAUGCUGCUGGCUGGAUCCUGGCUCAUUGCUUGUGCUUGUGCUCUUUUGCACACCCUUCUCCUAGCCCGGCUCAUGGCUCCGGAGAACCAGAGCGGCGUGUCCGAGUUCCUCCUCCUGGGGCUGCCCAUCCACCCAGAGCAGCAGGGCGUGUUCUUUGCCCUGUUCCUGGGCAUGUACCUGACCACGGUGCUGGGGAACCUGCUCAUCGUCCUGCUCAUCAGGCUGGACUCUCGCCUCCACACCCCCAUGUACUUCUUCCUCAGCCACUUGGCCUUCUCUGACAUUUCCCUUUCAUCUGUCACAGUUCCAAAGAUGCUCAUGAACAUGCAGACUCAGCAACAAUCCAUCCCCUAUGUGGGGUGCAUUUCACAGGUGUAUUUUUUCAUAAUUUUUGGUUGUCUUGACAAUGUCCUUCUUGCAGUGAUGGCGUACGACCGGUAUGUGGCCAUCUGUCAACCACUCCUCUACACCACCAUCAUGAGGCAGGAGCUGUGUAUCUCAUUAGUGGCUGGAUCUUGGUUCUUCUCUUGUAUUCAUGCCCUGUUGCAUACCCUCCUCUUGGUCCAACUGCCCUUCUGUGAUAAUACUAUCCCUCACUUCUUUUGUGACCUCACUGUGCUCCUGAAGAUGAGUUGUUCAGACAUCUCUCUCAAUGAGCUGGUCAUCUUUACCGAGGGAGGAAUUCUUUUCAUCCUGCCUGUGAGUAGUAUCUUGGGCUCAUAUGUUCGUAUAGGAACAACUGUCGUAAGGGUAUCAUCCACAAAAGGACUUUUUAAAGCCUUUUCUACCUGUGGCUCCCAUCUUUUUGUGGUGUCUUUAUACUAUGGGACACUUGUAGGUGUUUACUUUUUCUCCUCAUCAUGGAACUUUAACAACAAAGAUGUAAUUGCUUCGGUCAUGUAUACAGUAGUUACCCCUAUGCUGAACCCCUUUAUCUAUAGCCUGAGGAACAAAGAUAUAAAACAGGCCCUACAAAUAUUUGUCUACAAAUAUUUGGCUAACUUUUAA